UGCAGGUAGAUGAGCGCCGCAGACAUGGUGAUGUGUAAAGUCAGAGAGUCCGAGCAACAUCUGCUAAUGACAGGUGAGGGGCCCCGGAGCCCCAACAAGAGGAAGAGGGAGGAGAGCACCCCGGAGGACGCGGGCAACGGCAGUCUGUGUGACAGCAGCGGGCUGAGCCGGGGGAUGAAGAGAGCCCGGUACCGGAGAAUCAGGAAGCAGACUCUGGAGACCCGGAGCUGUGACUCGGGGGUGGGGGAUCUGUAUGAGACCCCCAGUCCUAGUCCUCGGACCCCGGGCUAUGAGACCCAAGAUGACCCCUGUCCCAGGAUCUCCCAUAGACUAGACCUACACAACUUCAGAGACUAUGGAGAGGAGUGCUAUGUGUUCUACAAGAGCCUGGAGGAGACUUACCUCACCCACCACUGCAUGGACAACCAACCCCAGCUCAAACCCGAAUCUCGCUGCAAACUGAUCAGCUGGCUGAUCCCCGUACAUAAACACUUCAAGCUGGGCUUCGAAUCCCUGUGCCUCGCCAUCAAUAUCCUGGACCGCUUCCUGGCCUGCACCCCUGUGGCUACUGACUGCUUCCAGUUAGUGGGUGUCACCUCCCUGCUUAUUGCUUGCAAACAGGUGGAGACACGGCCACCCCGAGUCAAGCAGCUGCUGGCCUUGUGCUGUGAUACCUUCUCCAGAGAGCAGCUCUGCAAUCUUGAAUGCAUCAUCUUGCUUAAACUCAAAUUCCAAAUAGCAGCACCAACUAUUAACUUCUUCCUGCAGCACUUCUCCCUCCUUCAGGUUGCUGAUGGUCACCCCUCAGAUGCUGAUCUAUCCCAGGCCUCCAGGUCCCUAGCUAUAGCCAAAGGCAUUGCAGAACUGAGCUUGGCUGAUUAUGCCUUUAACUUGUACUCACCAUCGCUAAUGGCGGUUUGUUGUUUGGCACUCUCAGAACGCAUGUUGGGCAGUAAAAGGCCUAUCAGUGUGCAGAGCAGCGGCUACUGUGAGAGCAAACUGCAAGAGUGCAUGGACAAGAUUGACUUACUUAUCUCCCUAAAUCGAGAUUCUUUGCAUCGCCUGCUGCCCAAUGAACUCCCUGAGAAGAGUAUGGAUGUGGAUAAUUAAAGGUUCAACUUCACCCAAAACUAAUGGUUUUGGGUAGGGAGCUGUGGGUGGAAAUGCCUUCUGGCCUUUAAAAUCUCUUGAUGGUGAUCCUAGUGGUGAUCUUUUCUUCUGCCCACACAGCCAUAACAAGGUGUUACUCCUGAAUCCCUGAAUUAUCCCUAUUGGGUGAUAUGACAUUUUAGGAUUGAUUUACUAAAGGCAGUUAGACUGUGCACAUUACAAAGUGCAGGUGCACUCUGCAAGAACAUUUGCUCCAGAGCUUAUUAAAUGAGCAGAAGCUUUACUGAUUUCCAUCAUCCAAUCAUGUGCAAGCAAAAAUGCUAUUUUUUAAAAUUUUCUUGCAUGUGAUUGGGUAUUAUUUGCAAAGUGAUAGUUUACCUAAUUUACAAAGCUCUGGAGCAUCUGCACUUGCAGGGUGCAACUGCACUUUGCAAAGUGCACAGUGUAUUUGCUCUUAGUGAAUGAAUCCCUAUGAGCAGGGCUGUCUUAAUGAGAGGGCACACCUGGGCACUGCCCAGGGGCCCCAGCUGCAUGGAGGGCCCCUGCACU